AUGUUUCAUGAAUCGAUCCCGGAUCUAAGGUUCCCAAGCCCAGGCUCCUGGGGAUUUCUUAAGACUGCUUCCGGCAUUCAUCCGCAAAACUUGUUCCGCCGUGGGUCCUUGAGUAUGAACUGGGGCAUCAGUCGAUUUCGUAUCUUUUUGGCUAUCAUAGUUGCCAGUGGGAUUGAUGAAGUAUAUCCGGGUGAACACCUCUUCGAGCCGGCCUGUUUCAUGCAGCCUUUGGCACCAGACUCAAUCAAUCAUGGUCUACUUGGAUUUGACCCCGACCACUUUCUCAACAUGGAAUCGGAACAAGAUGGCUGCGCGUCGAGCUCGCGGGCAAGUGGCUAUGAACGAUUUCACGAGCAUAUUGCCCCUCUUAAUUACUUCCCAGCUGAUUUCCUCAGUGACCCCCUGGCACCAGCAAUAACCCACAACAUCGAACAUCUUAUACCUUCUUCCACGAUGGCCGAUGAGGGGGAAUUUCAGACGGUCAGCCAAGUUCUCCAGCCAUAUGCAACCAAGAAAGAUGUUCCAACGAAUGAACCCUUGCAAGUUCAACCCAGUUCCACUUUCAGUCAAGAAAGCUUCCGAUUCCAACCAAACGUUGUUGGCAUGCAGCCUUUUCAGCCCUGGUACCACCAUGAUGGGGCAUUUAUUGAUACCUUCGACCCUGAGGAAGUUGAUAUCUGGUUCAAAUACAAGAAAGAUGUUUCAAGAUCUCCAUCUGAAGACCGAUUCCAACCAGAAAAUCCAGAAGCCCUUUCCAACCAUGCAGACACCAUACCUUCUUCAUCUUCAGAGGAUGCUCAUAAAUCUUCCUCAGUAUCAGCCCCCAUCCAAGAAAGCCAGGAAAUAUUGAGCAACCUUUUGAAAAAUAAUCAGGAACAGUUAUCAAUUUGUGGGAAAAACCAUGCAGAAACCAUACCUUCUUCAUCUUCAGGAAAUGAUCACAUGACUUUACCAGUCGUAGCCUCCAGCCAGACAAGCCAUGAAAUAUUCAGCAAACUUUUGCAGAUCAAUCAAGAACAGUUAUCAAUUUACAUCUCAUUGAAGAUGAAUAGCUGUUCAAACGUCUAUCAGCUGUCUUGCCGAUUGAAUUGGAUUGGCAUUGCUAUCUUUUGUUUCUCGUCAAUUGGAUUGACAACCCAAACGCCAACCAGACUGUUGGCACGGGAUCAAGCUCCAGUCCCUAGGCCUAAGCCUGUGAUGGGAUGGAACUCUUUUACUCCUAUGGGCUGUACCGAUAUAAACGCUGAGAAACUCAGAGCACAGGCAGACCUAUUGGGUAGUCGGAGAUUGCUACGUGCUGGAUACAAAACAUUCAUUGUUGAAUGUGGAUGGGAACAGGGUGUUGGGGACGACGGUCCAGCAGUUGCAAUCUAUCCAGAUGUUGUGGGGGGAGAUGUAGUGGCUUUCCGAGAAGACUUUAGAAGAAGGGGGCUUUUGCUUGGUUUUGGUACUUGGGGAGGACCACAAAUAUGCACAAGAAAUCCAGACGAGGAUUCUCAUAUUAAACCUAGAACAGACCUUGACAGUUAUGCACGUGGUUUGGAUUAUGCUGGUGUAACUUAUCUAUCACACCGACCAUGUGAAUUGGUAAGACCUGAUAUCAUACAAACUCCUGAUAAAGCCAUGGAAGUGAAUUCCCGCUACGUACAAAUGGACGGUGCAAUAAUAAAUCGUGAUCUUCAGAACAAAAUAUUAUAUGCCUCUGGACAAUGGGGUGCUACACCAGAAAUGGACAAUUCCCGGGCGUAUAGUUGGAGAAUAGCUGAUGACACCAUAGAUAGCUGGCCCUCAAUUAUCAGGACAAUGAAUGCACUGGUCCCAUAUUCCAUUGCAAACAGGCGCCCACUUAAUGACCUUGGAUUCCUUCAAUUUGGCCCAAAUCGACUGACACCUGCUGAAAAGAAAACACAAUUUGCCUUUUGGGCUGCGGCAAAAUCUCCACUAAUCUUUUCAGCUGAUAUUGCUACCCUUACUGAGGAUGAAAUAAACCUAAUGACCAACCCAAAGGCAAUUGCCAUCAAUCAAGAUGACUUGGGGACAAGUAUUACACUAACUCGCAGGUACCCUGCUGACAUGGAUAUGUGGAGUGGGCCCUUAAGUGAUGGUAGCACAGUUGCAGUUAUUGUGAAUUGGUCAGAUGAUAGUGCACAAAAAACAAUUCAGCUUGAUGAUUUGGGGUUUUCAUCUGCAAAUGUGGAGGACAUACUGAAUCAAAAAAAUGUAGGACCUGUCACCAAAAGUCUUAUCACCACAAUUGAGAAGCACGGAUGCUUAUUCAUAAAGCUAACUGACACCAAGCCAGCUCACAAGAAAACUUUCACUGAAUUCCCUAUUGAAGUGGCUGAUAUAACGGGUGUUGCGCAAUUGAAACUGAAUAACCGAGGUGUUAAAGUAGCCGUCAACCUCAAGGCUGAUGGAGUAACUGGGCUGCGCUGGAGCAAAAUCAUUGGUUCAAAGAAUGGUUUCACUUUAGUUCGCCUUCAUUACACAAACGCAGAAUUGUCCCCAGGGAACAUGGACGAUUCAAAAUUGAACUUCAAGCACACAGCUAUUGUUAUAAACGACAAAUUCACCUAUUAUGCAGAUUUGCCUAUAACUGGACUAACUUGGGACGAUAUGAUUGAAGGAUUUCCCAUAGUACUUCCUCUUGAACCCGGAGUUGAAAACACCAUUUUCAUUCGGGGAGAAAACAAUCAAUUUGCCCCAGACAUUCAUCGCUUGUCAGUUGAGAACACAGGCUCUGUUUGA